UUCGGGCUGGAUCGCACUCUUUCUCUCUGUGUCUGUCGCUCCUGUUGAUCAUCAACCAUCAAGAACCUUAGCAGCACCUCUCUUAGACUCCUGAAGUGUCGUUAGUUCAUCCGCUGUAAUAAUAAAUCCCCACCUAUCUACAACCAAAUCAAUGGGAAGCGAUUAGGUUUGUCAACAUGUAGGGGGAUUUAACAGUUGGUGUAAUGUGAGUUUAGUCAAACUCAGGCUGCGUUUGUGCAUUCAUGGAGUCUUGAGGCCUGAUUUGUGAGAUGCAGCAUGAGAUAAAGUGAGGCUUCAGAUAAAAUCGUAUUUCAUUUAAUCUCAGUUUCUCCCUACUGAAUACACCUUAGGCCUAAUGUGAGAAAUCUGACAGAGAAAUGACCUGCUGAGAGGUCAAAUCAGCACAGUGACGGUUGACUCAUCCAGUCUGCAUGAUAGGCACGUGCUUGGAAACUGUCUCACAGUUUCCACCAUGAUGCAUUGCAAAUGAUAAAUUGAUGCAGACGAUGUGUUUGAUAAUGUGUUCGACUCUGACCGCUCAACCAUUUCGCAUUUUCAGAAAUGGAUCCCACGCACUGGUCACUGAUUAAAAAAAAAAUACAACAAAAAACAGAAAAAAAACAAAAAACAUAACAUUUAAGUACAGAGCAACAGGCAGUUUAGCCAAGACCUUAUCAAAUGGAUAUGAAAAUAUCAGAGUCGGGUUUAAUCAUCAUCACAGUUAAAACCCAGUACAGGACUUUAUGGCUGAAGACAUCACGUCCGUUUCCCUCCAUGACAGAAACCAUCAGAUUCAGUUCUGUUUUCACUGGCUGAUGGGAAUGUUAUGCCAUGCAUGUGAUUUGCUUGAUUGCUGUAUGCCGUAGGCAGACGUUUAUUUCCCCACACAGUGCUUUGGCCUGUUUAUGGGAAUGUCAACUCUCUCACGUAGCUGCUUGAUUUGCUGCUGAUUAUGUGGCUGCACAGAUGGGCCAUAGCCGUGUGACAGAGGCCCACUUAACAUUGCAUGACUCUCUUAGGGGGCGACCUAAAGAGAUUCCUCACAAUGAGAAGCUGCUGUCGCUUAAAUUUGAGAGUCUGGACUAUGAUAACAUUGAGAACCAGCUGUUUCUGGAGGAGGAGAGAAGGAUGAGUUACAUGGGUUUUCGCUGUCUGGAGAUCAGUCGCUGGGUGGUCUGCGGUCUAAUCGGCUUUCUGACCGGCCUAAUCGCCUGUUUCAUUGACAUCGUGGUGGAAGAGCUGGCUGGGAUCAAAUACCAAGUGGUCAAAGAGAACAUUGAGAGGUUUACAGAGGUGGGCGGCCUGUCGAUCUCUCUCAUCCUCUGGGCUGUCUUAAACUCCGCCUUUGUCAUGGUGGGGGCCAUCAUAGUUGCAUUUUUUGAGCCCAUAGCAGCAGGAAGUGGUAUUCCUCAGAUAAAAUGUUACCUGAAUGGAGUGAAGAUUCCCAGGGUGGUACGACUCAAGACACUGGUGGUGAAAGUGUGCGGUGUCAUCUGCUCAGUGGUUGGCGGUCUUGCUGUCGGAAAGGAAGGGCCCAUGAUUCACUCUGGUGCUGUUGUAGCUGCAGGAGUCUCCCAGGGCAGGAGCACCUCUUUAAAGAGAGACUUCAAGAUCUUUGAAUACUUCCGGAGAGACACAGAAAAGCGGGACUUUGUGUCUGCUGGAGCUGCUGCCGGAGUUUCAGCUGCGUUUGGAGCACCAGUCGGUGGUGUUUUGUUCUCUCUGGAGGAGGGAGCUUCGUUCUGGAACCAGAUGCUGACGUGGAGGAUAUUCUUCGCCUCCAUGAUCUCGACGUUCACCCUGAACUUCUUCCUCAGUAUCUAUCACAACAAUCCAGGGGACCUUUCCAACCCGGGUCUCAUCAACUUUGGACGCUUUGAGAGUGAUAGUGUGGCCUAUAACCUCUAUGAGAUUCCCUUAUUCAUCGCGAUGGGAGCUAUAGGUGGAUUACUGGGAGCUCUGUUUAAUGUUCUCAACUACUGGCUGACCAUCUUCAGGAUCAGGUACGUUCAUCGCCCUUGCUUGCAAGUGAUGGAGGCCAUGUUGGUUGCUGCUGUGACUGCAACAGUGUCAUUCACCAUGAUUUACUUCUCCAAUGACUGUCAGCCUCUGGGGCCAGAGCACACUGAAGAGUAUCCACUGCAGUUGUUCUGUGCAGAUGGGGAGUAUAACUCCAUGGCAACAGCCUUCUUCAACACUCCUGAGAGAAGUGUUCGUAGUCUGUUCCACAACCAGCCAGGAACCUACAAUCCGUUGACGCUGGGUUUGUUCACUCUGACUUAUUUCUUCCUGGCGUGUUGGACCUACGGCCUGGCGGUGUCUGCCGGAGUCUUCAUCCCUUCACUGCUAAUAGGAGCAGCCUGGGGAAGACUGUGUGGAAUACUGCUGGCCUCCAUCACCUCCACUGGCUCGAUCUGGGCUGAUCCUGGUAAAUAUGCCCUAAUUGGAGCUGCAGCUCAAUUAGGUGGCAUUGUGAGGAUGACUCUCAGUUUGACUGUCAUCAUGGUGGAGGCUACAGGAAACGUCACAUACGGCCUUCCCAUCAUGCUCGUCCUCAUGACGGCCAAGAUAGUAGGAGACUACUUUGUAGAGGGUCUGUAUGAUAUCCACAUCAAGUUGCAGAGCGUUCCCUUCCUGCACUGGGAGGCUCCUGCCACCUCCCACUGGCUGACCGCCAGAGAGGUGAUGAGUUCUCCAGUCACCUGUUUAAACAGGAUAGAGAAGGUGGGAACCAUCGUGGACAUCCUUAGCAACACGUCGACCAAUCACAACGGCUUCCCAGUCGUCAUGCAGGUGACCGGUAGUGACGAGCCAGCGAAGCUCUGCGGCCUCAUCCUCCGCUCUCAGCUCAUUGUCCUUCUCAAGCACAAGGUGUUCGUGGAGUUGGCCCGGUCCCGGCUCACCCAGAGGAAGCUCCAGCUGAAGGACUUCAGGGACGCAUAUCCCCGCUUCCCCCCGAUCCAGAGCAUCCACGUCUCCCAGGACGAGAGGGAGUGUAUGAUGGACCUCACUGAGUUCAUGAACGCGACGCCUUACACCGUGCUACAGGAAACAUCUCUGCCUCGUGUGUUUAAGCUGUUCAGAGCGCUGGGACUCCGACACCUGGUGGUGGUGGAUGAUAACAGGGUGGUUGGACUGGUGACCAGGAAAGACUUGGCCAGAUAUCACCUGGGAAAGCACGGACUGGAGGAACUUCAGCUGGCCCAGACAUAGUGUACACACACACACACACACAAAUCCAUGAACUUUGACCACCUCAUGCCUCAUAAGCUGUUGCCCACCAGCUAUGCAGCCUAAAAGGACAACCAUCAAGGGCCCACAAGAGGUCUAUUCUUUGAUGCCAAAACGGUCACCAUGACAACACAAGGAAACCCCUUAACAGAUUAGGGUUAUUAACAAAAAGACUCAUUAAAUACUCAAGACUAAAGACUCAAUUAAAUUAGCUCUUUUCAGCCUGUGUCAGGUGAUUUACUUUGAAAGGAUUCUAAGUUCCAGACUUCCAUUAUAAUAAUAAUAAUAACAAUGAUUAUUAUUAUUAUUAUUAUAAUAGUUGUGUGAGGCAUCAAAUGGUACCUUAGCAUAAGGCUUUGGUAACUUGUUUGUGUUGUAUGGGGUCAAAUAAAGUCAGAAUGACCGGACCUCUGCCAGCUGGACAAGAGGAGACUCCGUUUGAUGUGUGUUUGCUGGUAAAUUGUUUUGUUCACGCAAACAUCCACACAUAUCAAUCUCUGUCUGAUCUUAGUCUUCUUCUGCCUCCUCAACAUCACGUAAACAGUUCAGCGUUACUUUCCUCAUCGAGUGAUGUUACGAUGAUGCGAUGAUACACUAUUAAUCAGUUCUUACACUGAUAAAUCAUGUUUUUAAAGAAUUCAAGUGGAUGCUUUGUAUCUUUGAACUGAAGGAGACAUUUCGAGUGUGGUGUUUUGCUUUGAAAGCCUGAUUUUGAGUGAGCGUUCAAGAGUCGGUUUAUAAUGUCGACAACUUCACUGACUGUUUUUUGUGCUUUUCGGCGUUGUUAGAAAAGGCAGUAUUUUCCAUUCUUGUGUAGUUUUGCACUGAGCGAAUGCUGUUAUUUAUUGUUGAUGUUGAACGCUUGUUUUAACUUAAUGUGUGAUCUGGAUUCUACAUGUUCCAUAAUUCAAGACACCUCCACAAACGUGGGAGGCAGUUUUAGCAAGAGAGAUCUGUUAUGAAACACAGAUACAGAUCUUUCCCUCUGUCUGUCAGCUUUAAUGAGUAUACAUAUAUAUUUAUAUUUGUACUACUGUCAGUAAAAAAUUGAUUAAAACUCAGAGGUACAAACAUCAUUUUUCACAACUGAAAAUGUUUGCACUUUGAUCUACUACUGAAAAAAGUUUUUUUUGUUGAGAAAUACCCACAAGUGUCCCUCCUGAAGCUCAAUGUGAAUGUAAUCUGUUGUUACCACAUACCUUCUGUUUAAACCAAUCAGUUUAUUCCUGCCCAGUCAGGCCGCCACACAAAACACAGAUACUCUGUUUUUCGGAUUAUUUUAUUUGAUCAAUUUAUAAAACUAAACAUUUCUUCAAGUGUCAGUGUUAAUUUUUGUCUUUGUGCACUUCAUUGGUUUUAUUCUUGAUUUUUUUUUUUUUUUUUCAAUUUCUUUGUUUUGUUGUACAGUUCUGAAUGUUAAAAUAUAGACUAUGCUCGAUUUUAUAACCACUGGAUGAACCUUUUGUGAAGUAAUAAAGUUGAAA